UCCCCAGGUGAAGCAGCCGCCGCCUGCAGCCUCGGAAGCGCUUCCCCGGCCUCCUUCCCCUUCUGCCGGCCCCUCCUGCCUUUCUCUCGCCCCUCUUGGCGAGGCCAUGGCGAGCCCCCCUGGGCUGGAAGGCGAGCCCCUCGGCCAGUCAUAGCCCCCAAGGACCCACCGAGACGGGGGCCAAGCCAGGGAUUCCCAGGCUUUUUCUGAAGGCCUCCUGGCCUGGAAAGGCAGGAUUUCCAAAGGGACGGUGUGGCAGGAUUGAUGAUUAACCUCUUCUGAAAUGGCUGAAAAGGAGGGAGGCCUUCAAGCAUGCCAUUGGACUCCGCUUAAAGUAGUGGCUGUGAUCGCCACUGGUUUUCUGUUCCUGGCAGGGAUCGGAGCUGGAAUCUGGGCCACAGUGGUUACUUUGGUGGGAAGUGAAAAGGAAAGCCUAUACGCUGUUCAAGUGAGCCCCGGAGACCUGCGCCUUACCAUCUAUGAUGAGAAUGAAGGGAAAUGGAGGCUCCUUUGCUCUUCCUCGCACAAUGCCCAGGUGGCAUCCCUAAGCUGUGAAGAGAUGGGAUUUGUCAGGUCCCUCUCCCAUUCGGUGCUGGCUGCUGACAGUGCAGGGUCCAAUGGGACAUCAGGCUACUUCUGUGUGGAUGGGUCUCGACUGCCUUAUGCACGAAUGCUCAGUGAGGCCCUUGUUGUGUGUGAGUGCCCAACAGGCCGCUUCCUGGCCACACUCUGUCAAGAUUGUGGACGGCGAAAAUUGUCUGUGGAGAGGAUUGUGGGAGGCCAAGAUGCCAGCUUGGGGAAAUGGCCUUGGCAAGUCAGUCUCCGCUACGAUGGGACGCAUCUUUGUGGCGGCUCAGUCAUCUCAGCCGAAUGGGUUAUCACAGCAGCGCACUGCUUUCCAGAGAGAAAUCGAGUGGUGAGCCGUUGGCGGGUCUUUGCCGGUGCGGUUUCCCAGUCCUCGGCUAAGGGGCUGCAGGUGGGUGUGACCAGCAUUGUGUACCACGGUGGCUACCACCCUUUCCAGGAUCCCAACAGUGAGGAAAACAGCAACGACAUUGCCCUGAUGCACUUGGCGGCACCCCUUUCCUUCAAUGAAUUUAUCCAGCCUGUUUGCCUUCCAGCACUGGGACAACCUUUGGUGGAUGGUAAGAUCUGUACCGUUACUGGCUGGGGCAACACACAAUAUUACGGUCAACAGUCGGAUGUGCUGCAAGAGGCCACUGUGCCCAUCAUUAGCCCCAGUGUCUGCAACAGUCCCGAGUACUACAGCAAUCAGAUCAGGCCACGGAUGUUCUGUGCUGGCUUUGCUGCUGGAGGCACAGAUGCCUGCCAGGGUGACAGCGGUGGACCUUUUGUGUGUGAAGACAGUAUCUCCCAGAGUUCACGUUGGCGGCUCUGUGGCAUUGUGAGCUGGGGUACAGGAUGUGCCUUGCCCAAUAAGCCUGGUGUUUACACCAAGGUCAAUGACUUCCAAGGCUGGAUCAUCCACGCCAUGAAGUCUCACUCCCACUCCAGCGGGAUGGUGACCCAGUUCUGAAGCCACAGAAAGCGUGACAAUGAGCCACUGCUGCUCCAGCCUGCUUCCUUUCCAGUGAGAUGUUGCUGCUUUCAAAAGAAAAAAAAGCCAAACCAGAAAAAGUGACAUUUGCAAGGGAAGAAAUUCAGGCACUUUUUUGGACUGCGUACUUUGGACUGGCGCAGUGUUACAGAAAUGAACCAAGGGAAUCCUUGCCAAUUGGCAGUCAUCGUGCUAUGCCAGCCUUUUCAGUAUCUCUCUACUGAUAGGAAACUUCUGCUACUGUAUUUUUUUGUCUCAUGAAUGGUGCUUCUGAUCCUUUAACUGCUCAACUACACAUGAAUUUCCACCCUGCAUCUCAGGGUAUUUUGGGUUGGCUAAUAUAAGGUUGUUGUGGGUGCAAAGAUGGGUGUAGCUCACUUUCAGAUUGCAUGCAGGUUUGUCCACACUAACAAGGGCACUUGGAAUUAAGGUUCUGAAAAACACGGUUAUAAAAAUAUGGCAUUGCAGUUCCCUUUUUGAAAAUGAAGACACAGAUGGGAAGCUUUUGCAGAUUUUGGAUUAAUGCAUCCAUCUCCAGCAAAUCUAGACAAUCCCUCUGGGAAAAGAAAGAAACUCUCACAAAAGUGAUUCUCAUCACUCAAGGACUUGUUUUCGGGUUUUAUGACUACUGGCUCUCAUUGUCCAAAUAUCUGUGGAUGAUGGGCCUUGAGAAGAUAGUUGGCACUAACCAGAGGAAGGCUGCUGAAGUGACCUCUCCAUCCUUUUUUCUCUGUAGCCUAGGAUUUUAAAGAAAAGAGACAGAUAAUAGAAUAAUGUAUUCCGUAUCAUGAAUAAUGUUUGUUUUCAUGUCAGAAGUGACUUGAGAUACUGCAAGUCGCUUCUGGUGUGAGAUAAUUGGCCAUCUGUAAGGACAUUGUGCAGGGGAUGCCCAGAUGUUUUACCAUCCUGUGGAAGGCUUCUCUCAUUUUUCCACAUGGGAAACUGGAGCUGACAGAUGGGAGCUCACUAACCUCCUUGGAGUCAAACCACCAACCUUUCAGUCAGCAGUCCUACUGGCACAAGGUUUUAAACCGAUGCAUCACCAGGGUAAUAGUAUAAAGGGGGAGAUUCACAAUCUGGAGUGGAUAGCAGUUGGAAAAGGAAAUUGUGAAGUUUGUUAAGGAUGUUGUUGAAGGCUUCCAUGGCUAGAAUCACAGAGUUGUUUUGUGUUUUCCGGGCUGUAUGGCCAUGUUCUAGAAGUAUUCUCUCCUGACAAAUAGACUGCUAUUUUAAUAUACCUCACAACCUCUGAGGAAGCCUGCCAUAGAUGUGGGCAAAACAUCAGGAGAGAAUACUUCUGGACCAUGGCCAUACAGCCUGGAAAACACACAACAACCCUCUGUUAGGGAUGCUUAUUAAGAAAUAGAUCUAGGACACCAUGACUUGUAAAUGUUUGAACAUACAGUGACAAAUAAUAGUGGACCAUGUUGGAGCUAAUGUUGCUCCAAAGUAUUCCGCCUUUGACUGUGGUCACCGAAAGGUAACAGUCGGGGGAGAUUAUUCCUAUAGAUACAUUCCAAAGAUUGGAAACACCAAAUUUGCGGGGUAGAACUCCCAGAAUCCUCUAACCACCCCAGAAUUGUUAGGAUCUUGUUAGGUCCUAGGUUCAAAUCCCAGGAGCGGAAUGAGUGCCCACUGUUAGCCCCAGCUCCUGCCAACCUAGCAGUUCGAAAACAUGCAAAUGUGAGUAGAUCAAUAGGUACCGCUCCAGCGGGAAGGUAACGGCGCUCCAUGCAGUCAUGCUGGCCACAUGACCUUGGAGGUGUCGGCGGACAACGCCGGCUCUUUGGCUUAGAAAUGGAGAUGAGCACCAACCCCAGAGUUGGUCACAACUGGACUUAACGUCAGGAGAAAACUUUACUUAAGCAAAAUGCAGGAUAAGUUAUUUACACGUGCCUGUUUAAUCUCAUCUCUAGGAUAGCCUGCUAUUUUAAGUUCAUUGGAUGGGGAUUAUUUUGAAUCUUUUAGCGUUCCAAUGGAACCUUUGGGAGCUUUGCUUGUGUGUUGCUAUGAGUUGUGAGUUCAGGAGUUGUUAUUUGUGUGCUGACUUCAAGUCUGAAAGAAGGAGCAACAACUCAAAUAUGACUACUUUCCUUGUCAGGAGCCCCAGUCUAAUAUUUGGGGUGGGGAGUAUGAGUGUUUUUCUCAAAUGUGUGAGCAUCUUUCCCCAUCAACCAUGGCCAGCAUAGCAAUGGUGAACGAUCUGAGAGAUAACACUGGGCUCCACACGUAGAAGAAAGCAGAAUAGUACAUAUUCCAAUUAAAAGAGGAAAAUGAGUACUUCUACUGCCAUUGGCCAAGAUUUCCUGAGGAUGACCAGGGAACGUGACUUCUUUAUUUGUGGCAAGAAUUGUAUGGAUGUGAGGAAGGAAAGAAUCCCAAACUGCUUCAGUUUCAUACCAGACAUGCCAAAUAACAAUUAUGUUAGGAUUUUAUAUAUACACAAAUGUUCAAAAGCAAUAUCUUAAUAGGUCAGUGAAUAAACCUAGGACUGGCUUCAGGGCUGUUGGGACCUUGGAUACACUCUCUUUUGAUGGGUACCCUUCUUCUCUCAUUGUCUCCUCUUCCUUAGGAUUUAUUUGCUGGCAGCAGGCACCAAUGUUGCAAGAAGCCCCAGGUGGCUAAGACCCCUUCUACACUGCCGUAUAAUCCAGAUUAUCAAAACAGAUAAUCCGCGCCUGCUUUGAACUGGAUUAUAUGAGUCCACACUAUAAUAAUAAUAACUUUAUUUUUAUAUCCCGCUCCCAUCUCCCCAGAGGGGACUCGGGGUGGCUUACAUGGGGACAAGCCCUGUUUCAACAUACAAUAAAAUACAGCAUAAUUAAACCAAUGUAAAACAGGUAAAAUAGUAUAAACAUACAAACCAGCAUAAAACAUCAACAUCAAAACAUUAGAACAUUAGAGUCUGAACAUAAUAUACAAACUGCCAUAUAAUCCAGUUCAAAGCAGAUAAUCUGUAUUUUAUAUGGCAAUGUAGAAGGGGCCUGAGUCUAACCCCCAUUAUUUUUUUUCAUUGUGCCUCAGGGUAGAAGUACAUUGAGGUACCAUCAGAAUUUAACAAGGCAGUUCAGAAUGAAAUGGUAGACUGGAAAUAUAUGUGAGGACAAGGCAGAUAUAAGUAGAUGUUUCUGCAAAUCCUGACCAUAGGGAUAACCAUUUAGACUUCCCUACAGCAUAUUUAUGCACACUUGCACAAACUUUUCCACUUAUUGAUUUCCUGAAAAAGUCAUGUGUUCCUGGCUGGGCUAAUCAGAUAUGUUUGAUGUUUGCUCACCAAACAAACUAAAUGUCCCUUUUCUCCCUGAUAUGACAGAGGCCAAUAUCACUUCGAUGUGUAAAUAGAUUAUUGUAUUGGCUCUCUGCUGUCUCAUGUGACCAUGGAUCAGUGCACUCAGAAUGUAUAUAUUUGCAUAAUUACGAUGAUUUCAAUAAAUUAAACGUGUUUUGAUUAUA